UCACUCUGAGCGGCUCACUUACUUAACGCGCCCACUGUGUCACUGACGCUGGCAUGCGUAUCGGUUGCCUCUGGGCGUGUGGAGCAAGGCAGUGAAAAGGGAAGUGCCUCAGUGAGCUGGGGCAGGCAGUGCGAGAAGUACUCUUUCUUUAUCAUCAGUGCAAAGAAGGGUACAUUUUAAACCAUGGCACACAGCUGCAGAGGAAUCCGCUUCUUCAUAUCGGUUCAUGUUUUAGGAUCUUGCCUCUCUGCAGCUCAGCUUGGAGUCCAGCAGGUGAAGGGCAUUGUGGGGGAAUCGCUCACUUUCCCCGUGGAGGUCCCGAACCUGCCUUUAAACACGGAGGUAAACUGGAGAUACGGUCCUGUGGGUCCGGACUGGCCCAUUGCGAGAAUUCAGAACGGGGAGAUCAAAGCUGGUUUUGACAAGAGAUUCACAGGAAGGCUGCAGCGCGACAACGUGACCAACGGUCUCAAGAUUACAAACUUGCAGAGACGGGACAGCGGUUUUUACCAAAUGGAGACGUACAAGCAAUAUAAAGGGAAAUCCCGUUUUAAGCUGUCCGUUUACGACCCUGUGCCAGAGCCUGAAGUCAACGGGAGUGUGGUGCUGGCUAACAGGAGCUGCACUCUGCUGUGCUUUGUGGGAAACGCCAGUGAAGUGAACGUGUCCUGGAUGAGAGAUGGGAAGCCACUCCACACAACAGAACUGGAGAUCUCAAAGGAAAUGCAAGGGGGCAAUGUUACCUACACCUGUGUGGCCAGCAACCCUGCCAGCAACAAGACCACCACUGUGACACCUUCACAUUACUGUGAUGAGAAAGGAGGUGCUGAACCCCAGAUGAGUCCCGCUGUGAUUGCUGGGAUAGUGAUCGCUGUGAUCCUGGCAGUCCUAUCGAUCACACUGUAUCUCAGGAGAAAGAAGUCUUCUUCCAGGGAAGCAGUAAUAUAGGCAGCGUCACCAGCCCCUUUCUGAAAUCCCAGCACUGAGAGAGAGAGGACUAUUGAUCAGAGAGUAAGAGAACAACAACGUCAUGAAGAAAACUGCCAGCGAGACACACCUGUGAAAACAACACACCCGCAAACCGGGACUGGAGCUGAGGCCACCCGUUCUGGAAUCUCUAAAAGGAAACGCGUGCAAUAUAUUUAAUAGGCAUAGCUUCUGUUUCAUUGCAAGAGUCAAUUAGGGUCAGAUUGUUUUCCUGGAGUGUCCUGGGCUGUGUUCUGCUCCCUGCAGGGGUUCAGGAGAUUCUCGGUGUAACAUCCUCUGAACAGUGAAGGGUUUGCUGGAGACUGGCUGGCUGUGCAGCGAACGUGCAGUCAAUUAUAUACCAGGCCCCCCUCAGGGUGCUUUUGUUUUCUUGAACAUACAAAUUUGCAGGGUUAUUAUUAUUAUUAUUAUUUAUUAUUAUUAUUAUUAUUAUUAUUAUUAUUAUUAUUUAGUAAUUUUAGUAGAUGCUUAUAUCAAAAGUGAACAAUGCAUUACAACAUACAGCACAAGGAGUCACUUCCAAUAGGACCUCGUUUGUUUGAUGUCUCAUUGCAUAUGCAAGGAUGGGAAAUAAGACUCCUAAUGCAUAGCAGUUUGGUCCAUUUCAGGUUUUACUAACUGCAGGCCCUUGUAUAAACUGUACUGAAGAAGCUGGAAAAAAAGUCUUUAGGUCAGAAAACCCGAAAUGGCUCCUACUGCUAUACAAUGGGAGUCUUAUUUCCACCCCUGCUUAUGUGCUUAGCCAAUUUAAUAGUGAGUUUUUGCAUAUUUAAAAUUGAUUGCUUUUAAUAGUUUUAGAAUAUUCUCGACUGGCCCACACAUCGAAGCGUGCUCUACCACUGAGCUACUUCCCUGCUGACGUAUCAUUCCACAAUUACCGUACUGUCGUGUUUCUGGCGACACACUGCCCCCUUGCGGAAAAUCUUAGGAACUACAACGGUUUUAAAUUUUUUUUUUAAAUAUAGGUCUACUGGCAUUUAUAUUUUGUAUUGGAGUUUAAUAUAAAUAAGCAUUUGAUAACAGCCCCACAGUUAGCUAAAUGCACAACACAUCCCAGUGCGUGCUGCAGAGUCACUUCCAAUAGGAGCUCGUUUGUUUGACGUCUCAUCCUGAAGGACGGAGCACAAGGAGGUUCAGUGACUUGCUCAGGGUCUCGCACACACAGAGGGAGUCAGUGGCUGAGCCGGAAUUUGCACCUCCUGGUAUCGAGCCCCUUUCUUUAACCACUGGACCAGUGAUUGUGGCUACCUGUUGAAAUGCUAUUUGAUGUGAUGUAUGAUGAUGGGUAUCUAUUGCAAUACCUGGGAUAGUAAUCAGACUCCUGUUGCACAGCAGUGUCACCCAGUCCAGGUUUUACUACCAGCUUGAUCAGCCCCAGUGUGUCUAGCUAACAAGCUCAGGUGUGUCUUAUUAAACUCCUAGUGAAACCAGGAAUGGAUCACACUGCUGUGCAGCGGGGAGUCUUAUUUCCAUCCCUGGCAGUACUAUCUGUUAAUAAUUGCUGGUACCUGAUGAAGUUUUCUUUAGUGCUGCUAAUAUGCCUGUUCAUAUACCUGUGUGUAUGUGUGUGUGUGUGUUUGUCUGUCUGUGUGUCUGUCUGUGUGUGUGUGUGUGUUUGUCUGUCUGUCUGUCAGUGUGUGUGUGUGUGUGUGUGUUUGUCUGUCUGUGUGUGUGUGUGUGUGUGUGUUUGUCUGUCUGUCUGUCUGUCAGUGUGUGUGUGUGUGUGUGUGUUUGUCUGUCUGUGUGUGUGUGUGUGUGUGUGUGUGUGUGUGUGUGGUUGAUUGAUGAGAAGCACUGGGUGCUGGAACUGCCUUAUUUCUAAUGGUACCAUGACAAUAAUAAAUACUGUUGCAUUUUAAA